AGUUAAACAAAUUUAAUUGUACAGUGCAUACCUAAUAAAUAUAGAGGAUUUCUUUGAGUAAAUUGUGACGGAACAGUAAACAAUAAAUUUUGGAAUAAUGGUCGACACACAGCACUUUUGUUUGCGCUGGAACAAUUACCAGAGCAGCAUAACGUCUGCGUUCGAGAACUUAAGGGACGAUGAGGAUUUCGUCGACGUCACUUUGGCCUGUGACGGGAAAAGCUUGAAAGCGCACAGGGUCGUACUGUCGGCUUGCAGCCCCUACUUCAGGGAACUUCUCAAGUCGACUCCCUGUAAACACCCUGUGAUAGUCCUGCAAGAUGUCGCCUGGACGGAUCUACACGCGCUAGUUGAAUUCAUUUACCACGGCGAAGUGAACGUCCACCAGAGGUCGCUGUCGUCGUUCUUAAAAACGGCGGAAGUACUCCGGGUUUCCGGGCUCACGCAGCAACAUGCCGAGGAGCGAGAUCAGCUUGCGCAGGUGCAAGGUCUGGUCAGAUCUCAACAAAACACCCCCACUACAAAUCAUCACACAUCCUACACCGAAAAAUUGGUGGAGGAUGUUUUAUUCACAUCGCCAUCAUCCCCAAAUCACGGACCAACUGUAAAUCAACUUUUGAGAAGGGCUGCCAUGCACCAUAGAAGAGAAAGGCGGAUAUCACUUGACCCCGAGCGUGAAAAAAGCCUAAGACCUGAACAUAUUAUAGGAAAUAACAAUAAUAACGAGCUGAAUUUGUCGCACAUGCACCCCCCCCAAACGCAACCCGCCGAUUUUUCGCCCAGCGGUAUGAAAAACAACGCGCACAAUUUAAAUAUGAGCGCCAACAUGAAAUUCGAGAUCGAAGGCAACGGUAUCAGCAGUACAGAUCGGGAAAAUAGCCCGUGCUCCCCUGUAAUGCCAAAUUCUAAACUGAACGACGAUAACAACAUAAAACCCGAACCUAUGGACAUGAUGUGUUCGACGAACCAGGAGGAGAACAGUACGGACAGUACGGACGGGCCCACUGACAACGGGGGGACGAAUAAUUUGCCCCAGGGCCCGCAUUCGGGGUCGUCAGGGGGCGGGGGGGACCAUGACGACCAUGACAGCCCCAUCGGACCGUAUUUGACCCCAGAAACGAAGUUGUUUGCCAGUGCCGCGGGGGGGUUUAACUUCAGCAUGGCCGCCCUAGCCGCCGAUCCGUCAAAUUUAGGGGCUAUGUUUCUUCCAGGUUUAAAUACCUCUAUGCCAAACGAUAUCGCCGGUACUUCCCAAGGCAUGGGUAUCACGCCGAAAAAAGUCUUUACCUGCCAGCUGUGCGGCAAAAUGCUGUGCUCCAAGGCUUCACUGAAGAGGCACAUAGCCGAUAAGCACGCGGAAAGACAGGAAGAGUACCGGUGCGUGAUAUGCGAGCGAGUGUACUGCUCGAGGAACUCUCUGAUGACGCACAUAUACACGUACCACAAGUCGCGACCGGGCGACAUCGACAUUAAGUUCUUUUAGCCGGAGGAAUCGUCGUCUCAGCAUGCCAUGCCCCCCGUUUCACCUCCACCCGAAAACCCCCUUGACUAUCCCGCGCUUGCCAUCGCCUCUAGCUCUGUGUGUGCGCCGCAUGAACCCAGCUCUCAUCUCCAUCAAACAGCAGCGCAUUUUGUAGGCCCGAUUCGGAUGCCACCGCCCACUUCCGGCGGUAUCAACGAGCCGCAGGAGUGCCCUUACUGCCGCCGCACCUUCAGCUGCUACUACUCGCUGAAGCGGCACUUUCAGGACAAGCACGAGCAGAGCGACACGCUCUACGUGUGCGAGUUCUGCCAUCGCAGGUACCGCACCAAGAACUCGCUCACCACGCACAAGAGCCUGCAGCAUCGCGGCUCUUCGGGCAUGCUGAAGAGGUUGCUGAAGACGACCGCCAUCAAGAACGUGCUGCAAUCGAAUCAACACCAGCCGCAGCAAUCGGCGCGCCUCCAAUAAUAAACACAGAACUAAAGAAAUGACGAGCAAAAACUGCUAACCGAACGUUCCCUUAACGAAAAAAUAGGUACGCCAAUGAUUUUUCAAAUUUUUUUCAGCGCACUCUUAUAGAGAAUUUAACCCCCAACAAAAGUUACCCCUACAAAUUUUUUCGAAUUUACCUUCGUUUAGAAUAUAUUUGCAGUUUUCUCAUCUGCUACAUAAUAGGGUG